AAAUUCUGAGCAAUGAAUUUCAACUUUAUUAUUUUACUCCUCGGAAUUUCAUCCUCACAGAUUGCUGUGAUUCGAGAUGUGUUUCUCAAUUGGACAGAAGCAAGAAACGAAUGCAAGAAGUCAAAUUCACAUCUAUUAAACUUUUUCGAAAUGAAAAAUAGGCUUAAAUACUUCAAAAGCGAAUUAAUACAAAACACAAAGUACUGGGUUGCGGAAACAUGGAUAGAAAAAAUAUAUUUUGUGAAAGGUUGUCAAUCACAAAUCCAAGGAUUGUCAAUUGGAAUUUUUCAAGGACACCUCUUUUCAGAAUGCGUGAAAUAUUGCGAAAAUCAAAACUAUACCACAAUAGGACUACAGGGAUCCAUUUGCUCGUGUAUUGUCAAAGAAAAUUUUGAGAACAUGGAGUCCAAUAGUUGCGACAUUAAAUGUGCUUGGAACAAUAUUUCAUGUAGACGGGGAAAACGUUCAUUUGCGAUUUAUCAGUUGGCAGAAGGUGUGCCCCAACGUCUCCCAGGUGAACUCUUCCACGAUUGUGUUUAUUAUAAUACGAGAUCAAAGUUUUCAAGAGACGACUGUAAUAAAAAAUAUCCCUUUAUUUGUCAAGGUAGAAAUGGAGAGUUAAUACUGCAUGAUAUUUCAUUCACAUGGAUGGAAGCUUAUGAAAAUUGCUCUAGAGAACACAUGAUUCUCGCUAAUAUAAACAAGAACACGAUGCUUGGGAUACGUAAUAUUGAAGACCAUGGAAACUACUGGAUUGGAUUAAGACAGGUGUACAUCCAUCAAAAAGAUAUGAAAUCGUUUCUAUGUUCCUUUAUUCAAAAGUAUAAUUCAAUUGGUCUCCUAACAUAUUCCAGAGACGAUUGCUCGAGAAAUAAGCCAUACCUUUGUUUAGAAGGCUGUUUACAGAUGAGUUGGUGUUACAGGAAUAACAACAAUCAUGUUACAAGUCUGCACGAUGACUCACGGCGGAUGUGACCAGUCAACAGGGAUGUUUACUCCAACAAGACACCUGAUUCCACAUUUUGGAUUUUCAGAAAUAUGUGUUUUAUGCUCUUUUCACAGAUCUCUAUUGGUUUCGGAAUUUGUUAGAUCAAUCACUGUUUUUUAUAUAUCACAUCUUAAAAAUAUGAACACAAAUCAAAUAAAAUAAACAUUUGCUGACACUUGUAUUUGCUAACUGCUGCUACAACAAAUUAAAGAUCUUAAUUCUUCUUUUCAAAAACGUGUACGUUUUUAUCACAAAUGACUAAUAAUAUACAAAGGUAUAUUUAGUAUAUAUCUAACUAUCUAUGCAAAAAUGGUGCAGUAUAAAACAAUAAGUCACAGCGAAUCAUGACAGCCAAAUCAUUCACACUGUGCUCCUAUUCAAUACCUGUCACUUUCUUUUUCUGAUUACAGUAAAAAAUAGAAAUGGAGCUCUGGACAUAUCUUAGAGCAUGAAGAACGCUAUAAAGUGAACUUGCGGAUGGCGGACAAGAGAAGAUACAGUAAAUGCAUGUGCAUUGUGUUUUGGAUAAUUGUUGUCGCAACCAUAGUGUGCACGGCUUUAUUUACAUUAGUAUGUCUUAUUGAAAUGUAAUUAUUUUUAAUAUGGAAAAAAAUUGCCAAUUUUUAUCAUACCAU